AUGGUGCCCAAGAAGAAAAACACAUGCCCCUCCGUUAACCCGCAGCUGUACGAGAAGAGCAUGAAGCCCUCCAUGACGGUUGCCAUGGGCCUCAAGAGUAGUCAAGGCGCCUCCUCCUGCUGGCGAGCUCAGGUGGAUGCGGAGCAGCGAAUUCACAGCAACUGGUUGAAAAAGUACGACCAACACGAGGGGCAGAGGUGCGCUGAGGUCCUCGAGCGUACGCUGGAGCGCGAGGCAGCAAAGAUUGAAACCUACCACAAGGACAAUGACGCGCUACAGUCGAUAUUGUUUUGCAACGACGGGGUGAAUGCGCGUGGCAGAUCGGCCCUGUAUCUUGCGGCACGCAACGCACUCGCGCCGCAGGAAAAGUACACAACGCCACAGACCUCCUCGCAGGAAGUUGGGUGGUCCGUGCCAGAGGCAAUGAAAAGUGAGGGCCACUUCGCCGCGUCGCGCAUGGUGGGUCCGACGGAGCGGAUGCAUCAGUUGUUCACAGCGUAUAGGAGACCCGACGACGCCGACCACGCCGAGCUUUUUGGCUACACGCUUGAACGCUCCUUCUGA